AUGAGUUCGUGCGACAAGGUUGCGCAGUGGGAGAUAGCUUUGAAGUUGCUGAGAGAGAUGACAGAUGUCCAGCUUUUGCCCGACACCAUCGCCCUGAACGCAGCCAUGGCGUCUUGCGCACGUGCCAGGGCCUGGCUUGAAGCCGUGCAUCUCCUGGAUGGCAUGGCGCAGUGGUCGCUGGAAGCGGAUACGGCCAGCUUCAAUGCGCUCAUUGUUGGUAGCGAUGGGAGUGCAUGGCAGCUGGUCAUCAACUCGUUGUCGGAGAUGUUGCUGCGGUCCAUGGAGCCCAAUGAGAUCACCUUCACAACGGCCAUGUCAUGCUUGGAGCAUUCUGCGGAUACUCCGUGGACGACGGCUUUGGACCUUGUUCAGUUGAUGAAGGAAGUCACAGUUCACUCGGCCACGCGGCUGCACCGGCGGGAUGAUAGAAACAAUCGCCGUCGGAAGCCGUCUCCCUUUGGCCCAAAGUUGGAGAAGCGUUCCUCCGCCAUGGCCCUGAUCCCCAUCGCCCUCCCCUGCCCUCGCGCCCCUGCGGCGCCCCGCCGCGCCGUGCCCGGUUCCCCCGUGCAGCGCCGCGGCCUGCGCGGAGCCUUCGCGGGGCUGGCGCUGACGGCGGCCAAGGUCGCCAGGGCCAAGGCCGUGCCGGAGAAGUUCCCCGAAGCUGUGGAAGUGGAGGCCUCGGCCGAGUGUCGGCCUUGGGGGAUGGGAGAUGAUGAAUAUGAUGGCAAUUUGGUGGAUGUGGAUGUGGAUAUGAUAGCAGAGCGACUAAGAGUCUCCUUGGGCCCCGAUGGAACGAAGGUCCAGGUCUUGGAAGCCUCGCUGGAGUGGCAGGAGGCGUUGAUCGAAGAAGCGGUGGAACGCUUCGAGGACAACCCGUUGGAUGCGGAUCCUUACGGUAUGGCCGUGUGGCCCGCCGGGCAGGUUCUUGCGCAGGCGGCUUCGGCCUAUGGGUUGAAAGCCAGGGAGAAGGGGAAGCCGCUGACCGCGCUGGAGCUAGGUUGCGGCUGUGGUUUGGCCUCCCUGGCCCUACUCUCCCUGCAGUGCAGCGUCAUCGCCACGGAUUUCAACAGGCUGCCGCUGCAACUGCUCAACGAGGCGGCACGACGCCAGGGCUUCGACAAACGGCUGAAGGUGCAGCAAUUCGACCUUUGCGACGCUUCCGCACGGCUCCCGGAGGCGGAUUUGGUAAUGGCGUCGGAUGUGCUCUACGAGCGUCGGACCGCAGAGGCCAUGGCCCAACGCGUCAACGAGGCCCUGACGCGUCAAAGCCGGGUCUUGGUGGCGGACAUCGGGCGGCCGAACCGGAAGGUGUUCCUGAGCACCUUGAAAGAGCUACGACCCGAGGAGGACUUCACCUUCAGCUGCUCCGCCACUGCCGUCCACGUUGGCCGCGCCACGUCCUCCUCGGUGGCCACGACGUCGGAGACCACGGUGGAGCUGUUGGAGCUGCCGCAGCACGGCCCCGCGGAGGCGGCCCUGCAGGAGGACGAAAAAGAUGCGCGAGCGCUAGGGGUGUGUGGUAUGGCGAUUUUGGUGGGUCGACAUUUGGUGAGAGGUGCCGGGGGGCGCUCAAACAUGUUGGUACCUUGUGAUGGAGAUGACAUGGCCAUGAAACGCGUGGAGGGUGCCUGGCCCAAAGCAUUGGCCUUGAUGAAGGGCGACCAUCCUAGCAACCAGGCAGUCAGCGCGCUACUGAUGCAUUGCGAACACGAUGGUAACACAGAUCUUGGCCUUGCCAUAGUGAAACGAGUGGCGACCUGUCUGGACGUUGCGGCCAUAUCUGCGGUGCUGAUGGUGUCGCAGAGUUUGGCCAAUUAUGCUGGAGGAGGGAUCCCGCCCUUGGCGCGCUCCACGCUGGCACCGGUGCAAGCUGACCAGCUAUUCUCCAGGACAGGCUAUGGCAAGGAGCUGCUACUACUGCGCCACGUCUUGCGUGCUGAGCCGGGGGUUGAAAAUACCCUGCAGGCAAUGGACAGCUGUGGCGAGGAGCUGGGUGACAUGGGACUUUGGGCCAAGUUCGCCGGCGGCGGCAAAUCGGCCACGCUCCGUGCGGCAGCGGCAGGCGCUGGCGGUAGAGAGAUGCUGGAGAUCGGAACAUACUGCGGCUACUCUGCAGUGACCUUGGCAGCCGCAGGGGCACAGGUCACGACGCUUGAAAUGGAUCCAGUGCUGGUGGGCAUCUCUCGAUGUGUUGUCGCGCACGCCGGCUGUUCGCAUUUGGUGCGUGUCUUCACGGGGCAUUCGCGGCUGCUGCUACCACGCUUGGAGAGAUUAUCGAGACCCGGCGCAAAGGCUGGUUAUGAUCUGAUUUUCAUGGAUCGAUGGGGCGCACAAUACCCCGAAGAUUUGGAUCUCAUCGAAUCCCUGGCGCUGCUGAAACCUCACGGGGUACUGGUGGCCGAUAACGUGCUCCGGACGGUGGCAGCGGAGUUUCUAUGGCGAAUCUCUGCAAAUGGAAGGUACAUCACCGCGCUCGUGGAGGUGAACGAAGUGGCCAUGGAGUCGGAUGAAGAUUGGAUGUCCAUCAGCAUCUUCCGCGGUGACGCUCCGCGGCUCCUUCCGUCGCCGCCGCCGUGGCGGGAGCUGCAGAAGCGAUCCGAGCUGAUGAGGGUCAGGACUACCAGCAGUGCAUAUCGGGUUCCAAGAUCCGAAAUUCAGGAAGUCAAGGAUCUUGCGAAGAAGAUCUUUCAAUCCCACGGUGUUAGACCCAGCGGUUGAAACGCUGCUCGCCAUGGGAUCAGGAGUUUUCAGUGGUCUGGGUCUGGCCUGACGUGCUAGCGACAUCAGACAGCGGGAAUGGCGGAAAUGCGGUCGCCUCGAUGAAGUCUCGGCUUGCAGGAGGAGCGGUGCCCAGCGACCUGAAAUCUAGGCCUCGAGCCUGGCUGAAGAUGCGCGGCUUCAAUCGAAUGGGAUCAGGAGCUGAAGAUUGGAUCACCCCAAGCUGGUGAGACG